AAUGGCAGGAGGAACUUCACCAUGUGCAUCCUGCAAACUGCUUAGACGGCGCUGCGCAAAGGACUGCGUAUUCGCCCCUUACUUUCCGCCCGAUGACCCUCAUAAGUUCGCCAUUGUUCAUAAGGUUUUCGGUGCUAGCAAUAUCAGCAAGAUGCUUCAGGAGCUUCCGGUGCAACAAAGAGGGGAUGCAGUGAGCAGUUUAGUAUACGAAGCGAAUGCAAGGAUGAGAGAUCCGGUGUACGGGUGCGUAGGGGCAAUAUCGUACUUGCAGAAUCAAGUUUCGCAGCUGCAGAUGCAACUUGCGGUGGCUCAAGCCGAGAUACUUUGCAUUCAGAUGCAGCAAAAUCAUGAUGAUAAUCACAUGAUUGUGCCUCUUUUGCCUGCAUCUAAUUAUUGCCCUCAAUUAGAUGAUAUAAUUAUUAGUGACAAAUCACACCUUCUAUUUGCCACUAAUUACAAC